AUGUCUACUUCUCUUCUUCUAUUAUUCACGUGGACUAAGGCCGCGAAAGGCUCUUCAAAACAGCGACCACCAGGGCCACCAGGAUGGCCAAUUGUUGGCAACAUGUUCGAUCUAGGAACCAUGCCACACCAGACCUUCUACAAAUUAAGGGCCAAGUAUGGACCUGUUCUCUGGCUAAAGCUUGAUUUAGUAGACACUAUGGUCAUACAAUCUGCCAAGGCUGCUGCUGAGUUAUUCAAGAACAAUGACCUUCCUUUCUCGGACCGCAAAGUUCCCAAGGCACUCACGGCCUUAGGCUACAACCAAGGAUCAUUGGCUAUGGCCCAGACUGGCGCAUACUACGACGACUCUGCUCCAUGGAGCUCUUGGUUAACAAAAGACUCCACGAGUCGGCUCCGAUCAGGCAAAAGUGCAUUGACAAGAUGGUCGAGUGGAUAG